AAUAUUUGACAAGUACCUUUUCUCAUUUAAGCUCUUUCCCGCGGACACAACCGGAAAUACCUCAGGUUCUAGACUUAUCCGCUGAAGAACACACCAAAGGCAAAAAAGCAAUGUUCCGGCAUUUCCGACAGUACUUAAUCCAUCACACGAGAGGGCAUUCGCGCAAGAUACAUUCCAGUUCAGUCACAAUACAUAUUCCAGAAGGUAAACAACGUAAUAAGGUUAACAGAAUUGGCCUUCUCUAUUUACAGCAGCAGUAUGGUAAUAUCUAUGAUAUACACCCAAGUAUGACAUUUUCAAUUACCAAAGAGACUUGCGGGAAUUGCCAAUAGUAACAGCAUAUAGUUAAGAUUUAACAUAGUACAAGAUAGCAAUGUUUUUAACCCGAGUGAAUAAACAGUUAUUGUGAACUUAGUGCCGCCAUCUCGAAAGAAUUAUAUAAUUUAGUUUGCCCAAAGCAUUGAUGAUAAAAGUGUUCUUGGGUGAAGUUUUGUAAGAAUAAUAGCUUACCAGUUGCUAGUACGACAGUACAUAAGCACGCGUUUUGGUAUAACACAAUGCGUAAUACAGCUGUAUGUUUAUUAAACGGGUGAUCUCUUCACGGGCAAGUAAUACAUUGUUUUUAAUGAAACAAUAUGUAUAUUUAGGUACAUGUACAGUAAACCGUGUACAUUUUAAAAUAUUCGUUUUCCGAUAUAAAAGGCGGGUGUGUAUUGUGAGGUUCGGACUAAGAAAAAUAUAAAUUCAGUGAGAAUAUGAAGUAUUUCUUUAAAAAAAAUAUAUGGCGCCGUUUGGGUUUUUUAAAUAUAGGAGACUUUUGUUGCAGUUGCGUUUCCUGAUGGUGACUUUAACGUCAUCGCAUUUACAUGUUGUUGUUGGGUUUUUUGUUGGCUAAAACUGGAACGGUACUGUUUACGGUUUGACAGAAUUUCAACGCAUUUGCCGUAGAUUUUGUUUGUUUGAAAAUGCAGAUUACAAUUCCAAGAAAGGAGCAUACUACCUCUGAAUUAUUAUGUGAUUUGUUUGUUUGUUGCUUACAUAUUGUAAGCACAGAUCCUCAUCAGAUGGCUCCUGCAAACUAAGGAUCUAUUCUGUCCCCAAACAAUGGAAGGUUGUCUGGAAGAUCAACGUCUGUCACCCUUCAAAUUCUAUGAGGAGAUUAACCAUAUUGCCCUUAGUUUUCACCUGCUGCCGUACGACUUCCAAGUGAGGGCCGGGGGCCUGUACAUUCUGUAUGGCCUCUACUUCACGCAGCCCUGUGUUCCCAAAAUACCGAUACGAGUGACCCACAAAGCAUGGAAACAGAUUAUGGACUUCCAGCAGAGUGUGCACUCCCAGAAGCAUUACGAUGUGGAAUACGUGUUUCAGAAGCUGUUUAUGCAGCAUGCCUUUCUAUUUGUGGCUACACCAAGAGAGGUGUACAUCAAGUCGAAAGACAAAACCCAGACGGACAAGGUUGUCGACUCUGACAGUCUGACGAAAGACAGCCUGAACAUGGAGGACUCCGUGUCGACUGUGUUUACUCCUGAUAUUCUACAGCAACUACGAGCCAUCCAUAUGCAGUACCAGCAGAUCAAGUUGGGGAUCGCGGGGCCAAACGCCCUCCGCCCAGACCGAUCCCUUGACGUUGUCGAAGAUGAAAUCAUGCACAGUAUUGAUAACCGUUUGGUGCAACACAAGCAGAGACUUGAGAAGAUCCGAAGUUCACAGCGAGGACGACAGUGGAAAGCAAAACGAGAGGAACACAAUUCUGAUGAUGGCGAGUCCUCGGACACUGAGGAUCCAGAUUACACACCGGUCCCCAAGUCCGGCCAAGCGAGGGUCAAGGCCCAGGCAUACGCCCAGCAGGCACGGCAGUCCAAAGCUCGGCGCCACAGAAACGUCAUCACGCUGGAUGCAUGUGCCGCCACCCCUGACAAGUCGCUCAGGAAGACGAAAUACAAGAGCAAAAAAGUUGAUGAGGAGAAGGAGGAGGAGUCACAACUGACCUCUCCCACCGAGGAGUCCAGUGAGCCCCUACCAUCACCCGUUGAGUAUCUCAGUAUGCCCACCAUAGACAUGGAGGUCACACACACGUCAGGUACUAGGAGUGACCUUCAAGGGCCAACAACAGAGAGCGAUCACUCCACAAGCAAAGAUGGACAGUCAAAAUCUGGUCCACCAACAUUUGAAAAUGGUCCAUCAACAUCCAAAACUAGUCCAUCAAAGUCAAGCACUAGUUUUUUGGAUGCAGAAACAGAUUCCUCGAAAGCAGGAACCACCUCUUCUAAGGUUUCCAAGUCGUCCAAGAAGGCAAAGACAUCCCGAACAAAAAGUGUCCUUUCAGAAUCACCUGAUGCCAAAUCUCCAGGAAAGGCCAAGGCAACUCCUAAGGCUAAAUCAGGUAGGCUGAAGGGUAAGGGUGCACAGCAGAAGGAACAGGAGAAGAAGAAGAGGAGGCGUCAGUCCGGGGCAGAAGCAGGAGCUGAUGGAGCACCUGCUCUGAAAGUUGAGAAGUCUUCUCCCUCAAAGACAACACCCUCAAAGACAACUACUUGUCCUAAGAAAAAUUCUGUUCCACCGAAAUUAGUUUAUAAACCUGUGUAAUGUUAAAGAUUUGGAAAUAAACUUCUUGAAAUUUC